UAGCGCCAAAACAAAUCAAAAUAAAAAAAUGUCCGUCGCCGCUUAUCGUCUUCGCAACAUUCUGAAAUCCCAGAAAACAGUAGCAAUUUCAGCUGCAAAAACACCAAGACCCCUCACAUGUUCAAUACCCAUCCCAAUCAAAGUUCUCAUCAAUGAACCCAACCUUAUAGAACUUGCCAUAAACAUCAAUCAAAAUGCGGCCAAGUCGGCGAAAUUCCGUGGUCGCCACAACAUUUAUGAUUUUUCCAUUUCCCGCCUCGCAGUCGCCAAGCGAUACAAUCUCAUCGAAUCAAUCAUUGAUAAGCAUAAGCACUUUGAGGAGAUUUCCCGUGAAGGGUAUGCACUGCGCCUCGUUACACUCUAUGGGAAAGCGGGCAUGUUUGAUCACGCACGGAAGCUGUUCGACGAAUUGCCUGAACUAGGUUGUGAGAGAACUGUUAAAUCUUUGAAUGUUCUUUUGAAGGCGGGGGUGGAAUGUAAGAGAUUUGAUGAGGUUUUCGAUGUUUUUAGAAAGGUUCCUGCUGAGUUGUCGAUUAAUUGUGAUGUUGUUUCGUAUAAUACCUUCAUUCAUGCUCUUUGUGACACGGGGAGGGUUGAUGAGGGUUUGUUGAUGAUUGAUGAGAUGAACGAGAAGGGUUUGAGUCCGAGUGUGGUUACGUUUAAUACGCUUCUCCGUGCGUUUUAUAGGGAGAAGGGUUUCGAGGAAGGAGAAAUGAUAUGGGGUAUGAUGGAUGAGUAUGAUGUGGUUCGGGAUAUUGGGAGUUAUAAUGUGAAGCUGCAGGGUCUGGUUGAUAAAGGAGAGCUUGAAAAGGCGGUUUCUUUGUUCGAAUCAUUGGAGAGUGAAGGAUUGAAGCGGAAUGUGAGUAGUUUCAAUGUGUUCAUAAAGAGAUAUUGUGAUGAAGGAAAUGUGGAAGAAGCUAAAAAAUACUACAAUAAGUUGCUCGAAAGUGGUGUUACCCCGAAUGAGAAAACGUUUCCCCCCCUUGUUCCGAAGUUAUGUGGUAAUGGUGAUUUGGAUUUGGCGUUUGAAUUGUGCAAGAAGAUGUUUGAGCGGCAGUUUGUGGUUGAUGAGGCUUUGUUGCAGCUUGUUGUCAAUGAGUUGGUGAAGGGUUCAAAGAGUGAAGAAGCCGAAGAACUUGUAGAGCGUGGAAAGUCUAACAGAUUUGUUCAAUAUAAUUUGGUAAUGCCUUCAGAAAACACAGAGAAGUAAGAACACUAACAUUCAACUUGAAGUUGGCAGCUCGCUAUGGCUAUUUUGUUGAAUAUCACUCAAAGCAGAUCCUAUUUCAACUAAUAUGAUGUUUCAGAAGUUCAGGUUGUUUUCCAAGGCUUCAGGGUUGGAGGCUAAUUUGGAUAAGAGUAAUGCUUAUAUUUGUGGUGUGAGUUUAGAUAUUCAG